AUGGAGGCGUGGACGGACAAUCCAGGAUACGUGAGUAAUGGCGCGGAUGAGAAAAAAACAAAACAAAUUUGGACGACGUUUCACGGCAGCAAAAGCACGGACAAGGUUGCUGACAUCGACGUUGAUUCAAAGAAUCUUGAGAAAGAAGAGAAAAAUAAGAAAUAUAAGGCACUGGUACGUCAAAGAUUUGAAGAGUUCGCUACCGAAACCACGCUACAUGGCAUGAAAUACGUGAUCAACUCCAAACACGGUAAAUUGCGAAGGGUGAUAUGGUCAAUUAUCGUUCUCUCGAUGCUUGUAGUUUUUACCUACUCCACAAUCAACAGUUUCGUGCGAUAUGGAAAAUACAAUGUGUCAACAGUCAUACAGAUCAACUAUGUCUCGGACCUUACCUUCCCAGCCGUUACUUUAUGCAAUUACAACCAGUACAGAAAAUCAGUCGUCAACAGUUCCGGUGAGGAGUUCUUGAAGCUUCUGUUCCCGACAACUGGCAACUCGUCUCUUACUGAAAAUAUAGACUGGUCUUUUUUUAAUUUCACCGGUUUCAACAUGACUCAAACUGCUAUAGCAUCUGCGCAUCAAAUAGAGGAAAUGCUUGUCUGGUGCAAAUGGAGGAACUCGAUAGAAUGCGGUCCGGGGGAUUUUAAGCAAAUACUUACUGAUUUUGGGAUUUGUUAUACUUUCAAUGGAGGAUCAAAUCCUUUAAAAAUACAACAGACAGGCAGCACUAACGGUCUAUAUUUACGACUGAAUGUACAACAAGACGAAUAUACAAACAACGAGAAUACAGGGGCAGGGUUCAAGGUACUAGUUCAUCCACAGGGACAGGAUCCAAUGGUAAAGUUGCUGGGCUUUGCAGUUUCCCCCGGAUUUGAGACGUUGGUCAGUAUGCGUUACACAAAGCUACAUAGUCUGGGCGAUCCGUAUCCAUCAAACUGCUCCGAGAAAAAGUUGAAAUUUUUCGACACGUAUACACGCCAGGCGUGCAUUGCCGAAUGUUUUAGUGACCGAGUGGUAGCAGAGUGUGGAUGUAUGAAACAUACACAGCCAGGCGCAGUUGAGUCUUGUAAUCCCAAGGAGUGGGUACAAUGUGCUGAUCCAGUUAUUAAAAACGUGUCGCUUGAAGAGAAUGCAUGCAAUUGUCCUGUCUCGUGUCACCAGUCCAUUUAUGAGGCCAAAGUUUCGUCCACAUACUGGCCAGCUGCGCAUAUAUUGAAAGAAGUGGGCGAGAUUUUCAACCUUUCAGACCCCGAAGGCUUUGUCAGAAAGAACUAUCUUGAUGUUUGGUUUUAUUUCCAGGAGCUCAGUUUUGAGGAAAUAAUUCAAGAAGAGGCAUACUCAGCGUCAACCUUACAAAGUGACAUUGGUGGAUUUCUUGGUCUUUUUCUUGGAGCUAGUCUUGUCACAGUUGGCGAAUUCAUGGAUUUCUUGUGGAUAUUUUGUAUGAAGAAAUACAAUAUAUCUCGAGGCAAAACCUAA